ACGGCAACAUCAUAGAACUCAAUGUACUUAGCACAGACUUCUUUCGUGCCAAUAGAAAUGUCAAGACCUAAUACGGAUUUCUCACAGCCCUGCAAAUUUGAAAUCCCUGGCACUGGAUUGACCGUUCCCACCUUCACUUACAGCAGUGAACAGAUGGACUGGAAAGAAGAGAUGACACUACAUGCUGCUGUUUGAGGUCCAAGUUGAGGCCCGACGUUGCUGACGAGCACGGUUGCUGCUGUGGGACAUCCCCGAUGGUGUCCCACUGCGCCUGGACCUUUCAGCCCUUGCUGCUGUCCUCGUGCUCCUGUUCCGGCGACUCCUGGGGCGGGCGCGUCGAUUGGAGGCCCGACGUUGCAGGCAAGAGCGGCUACGUCUGGGGAAUGUCCCUGAUGGUGUCUCUGUUUGCCUGGGCCUCUCAGGCCUUGAUGUUGUCCUGUGGCUCCUGUCACGCCUUGACCAGACAGCUGGACUCACGGCCCGAUGUUGCAGAUGGGAGCGGCUGCGUCUGGGGGAUGGCCACGACGAUGUCUCCCUUCGCCUGGGCCUGCCAGCCCUUGGCAUUGUCCUGUGGCUCCUGUCAUGGACAUUCCUUGUCUGAACCGCUGGACUCACGGCCCGACCUUGCUCGUGAGAGCGGCUGCGUCUGGGUAAUUCCUGUGAUGGAGUCUCCCUUUGCCUGGGCCUCUCAGCCCUUGGUUUUCUCCUGCUGCUCCUGUCACGGCGACUCCUUGAGUGGACAGAUUGAUUUGGGGCCCAACCUUGCUGGCGAGAGCGGUUUCGCCUGCACUCAGGCCCGGCACGUCUGGAAUGGGCCCUGUCCUCAGGGCCUGUGGAACUGCUGUAUGUUGACCCUGAUGUUCUUGGGCAGCUGGCGUCUGAUGAGGAAGAUGGCAGCGAAUGCUGUGCUGCUGCAUGUUGGGUCCUGCUUCGGGUACUGCUCUCUGGAGACUGGGGAGCCAGACCCGAUGGCACCGGGCUGUGAGAGGUGCGCCUGA